UAAACAUUUUCUUGCUAGAAAAACUAUCGAAUAGCUUACUGCCCCGCUGAAAUAGCGUGCGAUCUUGUGUGCAAUUUCAAUAUUAUUGAUUAAUGCAUGCGCGAGUCGUUCAUAGUUGGACAAUCUUCGAGCGAGUAUGCAUCGGCACUAGCUGUAAAGUGUUAGAUAACUGUUCUGUUCUUCCCGUAGAUGUUGGUGAAAAUUAAAUACUUUAUACCAGCAGGAGAAAUACGAUAUUUUCCGAAGUGAAAACGUGAAUUUAGUGCAACAGCAAUCAAAACAUCACAUCUGUUGAUGGCAAACGAUGCCAAAUUUUUCUCCCAAGAGUACCGUCAUCAACUCAAGGCAAUGCUUUCGGUUCAUCUAAUAAGUAUCGGGUACGGUGUCACGGUGGGAUGGACGGCCCCAAUUAUCCCGCUCCUGCAGUCAACCGAUACACCCCUCGCGAGCGGCUCCAUCACAGUGGAACAGGCGUCGUGGGUGGGAUCCUGUCUGUGCAUCGGUGGAAUGACGGGGACUAUCCUAUUCGCUCUGAUUCAUACGUAUUUUGGCAAAAAAGUGGGACUACUAUUGCUUGCCGUUCCUCAUCUGAUUCUGUGGACUCUUCUGCUGGUGGGCGACAACGUGUACUACAUUUACGUUGCGCGGGUCAUGUCCGGACUUACCGGGGGUGGAAUCUGUAGCAUCCUACCGCUAUUUGUGGCGGAUAUUGCCGAUAGAAAGAUUCGAGGAACGCUCGGUUCGUUAACGAUCCUGCACAUAAACUUUGGCAUUCUGGCCUCGUACACCACUGGAAACUACCUAGCGUACUACACGAUACCGAAAGUUAUGAUCUGUCUGCCGGUCGCCUUCCUCGGACUAGUUGCUUUACUGCCGGAGACGCCAUAUUGUUUACUGCGGAAAGGAAAAAUAGACGAAGCGGAAAAAUCGCUUAUGUUUUAUCGGAACAUUCCGGACAGGACGAGCAAGACGUUGGAUUUCGAACAUGAGUUCGAAAGUUUGAAAGCAUUCACCAAGACUGAACAGGGCAAGCAGAGUUUGACAUUCGCCGAUUUUACAACACCAGCCGCAAUUCGUGGUCUUUCCAUUGGCAUAUUUGUGAUGGCACUGAACCAAUUCAGCGGCAUUUUUGCCAUACUAACCUACGCCGGAACCAUCCUGCAGGCGUCAGGAUCGUCCAUGGAACCGAAGUACGUGCUAAUUCUGCUUGCGUUGAUAAACAUCUGUGGCAACCUGACCUCAUUUGCAAUCAUCGAUAAGGCCGGUCGGAAAAUCUUCCUGUUGAUUUCGACUAUCGGCGUCGGAGUAUCUCUCGGCAUUCUUGGACUGCACUCGUACUUUUCCGCCUCCAGUGACUGGGCCUGGGUACCGGUGCUAUGUCUAACAACUACCAUCUACACCGCCGCACUCGGCAUCACGAAUGUACCAUUUUUCAUUCUACCGGAAAUCUUACCCCCCAAGCUGCGUAGCAUCGGCAGUACCGUCAGUAUGGUGUUGUUGUGCUUUUUUGCUUUCAUAAUGGUGAAAGCUUUUCCCAUUCUACUGGAAAAUGUACAAAUCCAUGGUACGGUUUGGAUCUCGGCCGCCGUGUGUGGGAUUGCUGUCCUGAUAAUAGUGUUCCUGGUUCCGGAGACGAAAGGCAAGAAUUUGGUUGUGGUAGAAGAUAAACAGACCGACAGUAAGCCCAGGGUGAAUAUAAUUGCUCCGAACAGACCGCCCAGACACAGAAUGGAACCUAUCCAUGAUCCUUGUUCCGUCGUCACAGGUCCCGUGUGCAGCGGAGAAUCCUCUGACUGCAACAGUGGCAAAAAAGGCGAAACCCAACCGAUGAACAUCAUCACACUUGGUCAUGGCGCGAUAAUCGGAUGGGUUUCACCGUUUUUACCGUAUCUGCAAUCCAACGGAACUCAUCUGACAACGGGACCGGUGACUAUUGAGCAGACUUCCUGGAUUGGGUCGACGCUUUGCAUCGGAGGAUUAAUCGGAGCCACAACGUUCGGGCUUCUGGCGGAUCGACUGGGCAAGAAACUAGGUCUUCAGUUGAUCGCCAUCCCGCAGUUGGGAUUUUGGCUAUGCAUUUUUUUCGGCACCAACGUCUAUCAUCUUUACCUGGGUCGCAUUCUUGCCGGCUGUGGAGGAGGAGGAAUUCUACGGGCUAUUCCACUCUAUAUUGCGGAUAUUGCCGAUUGCAAUCUACGCGGAAUGCUAGGAUCUGUGCUGGUCAUUACGCUUAACGUUGGGAUCCUACUAGGAUUCGUAUUGGGAAACUUCCUAUCCUACUUUACCGUACCGGUGGUUAUGCUAAGCGCCCCGAUGUUGUUCCUGGUCGCAACCUGCUUCCUGCCAGAAACACCGUACUGUCUACUGAAAAAGAAUCGAUACGACAAAGCCGAGCGAUCACUGAUGUUUUAUCGAGGUAUUCAGGGACAUUUCCAAAAAUCGAUUGAAUUUCACAACGAACUCGAACAGUUGCAACACUUUGUUCGCACUGAAAAGGAAUCAUUGCUUCAAAACCGACUAAACUGGAAAGAUUUUUGCACGAAGCAAGCCCGAAAGGGAUUAGGAAUAGGAGUUUUUCUAAUGAUAUUGAAUCAGUUUAGUGGAGCGCUGGCGAUCAUCACCUAUGCGGCAUCAAUUUUCGAAGAGUCUGGAUCAGAUCUGUCUCCGAAAAUGUCAUCGAUUAUUGUCGCAUUGAUUCAACUGGUCGGAACAAUUGUAUCCUUUACUCUAGUAGACAAUCUGGGUCGCAAAAUUCUGCUACUCAUCUCAACAGCAGGUACCGCAAUAGGAUUAUUUUCUACGGGUCUUUUCUCUUAUCUGCAGCACAGCGGUUAUGAUCUGAGUCAGCUGGGAUCACUACCAAUCAUUAGUUUAUCAGUCACGAUUCUGCUUUCGUCGAUUGGCAUCCUUACGCUUCCGUUUGUGAUACUAGCCGAGGUGUUGCCACAAAAAAUCAGAAACGUUGGCAGCACUAUCAGUAUUUUAAUGGUAUCAUCAAGUGCUUUUGUCGUACUUAAGCUUUUCCCUAUUAUGAUGGAUCGUAUUCAAUUGUACGGGACUAUGUGGGUGCUGUCGUCAGUCUGCUUUCUAGCAGUUUUCUUCAUACUUUUGGUGAUACCAGAAACCAAGGGAAAAAAUUUAAUGAUCAUUGAAAACCGAAAAGAUAUUACAUAAACACAGCUAAACAGCUGUUUUUGUUGUUCAGUGUGACUCUUUUUUUUUAUUUUUUUUUAGUAUUUAUAUUUUAUCAGUAAAUGCUGGACUUUUACAAAAAAAAAUUGGUUCUACAUAGGAAAGAAUAAUUUUUGCAAUUAAUUUGUGUUCAGGACACCUACAGCG